AUGCAAAUUUUGAUGAAGCCACCUUCUUCCUCCUUUCCCUCUCUUCUGAGAGUGAGGCCUCGCCUCUCUUCUUACCUCUUCACUCUCUUAGCUUUCACUCUCUUCGCUGCAAUCAUCUAUGGCCAUGACUUCCUCUUCGUCUUUCAUCCACACCUCCUCUCCAUGGAAGAAGCACAAACCCUCGUCUUCUCCACACACGUGGGAUCUUCAAAUGAAAGAAACAAGACAACGGUGACAGAGACGAAAAGAGAAGAAGAAGAAGGAGGAGGAGGAGGAGGAGGGUGUGACGUGUUCAACGGAAGAUGGGUCCGCGACGAGUUGACUCGGCCACUGUACGAGGAAUCGGAUUGUCCGUACAUACAGCCACAGUUGACAUGUCAAGAACACGGUCGGCCGGAGAAGGAGUAUCAACGGUGGCGAUGGCAGCCUCACGCUUGCGAUCUUCCCACGUAA